GCGCUGUUGUGGGUGAUUUGUGCGUGAUUGAUUGAUUGCGUGAGAACCAACGACCAUUGCCCAAACGCACAAACCACGCAGCAGUCCUUCCUCGCUUGCUCGCUUCGGGUGUGUUGUUGUUGUUGUGUUGUUGUGUUGUUGUGGGAGCAGCAAAUACCUGCUACCGACCUGCACGAUGGGGGUGCCGUGCGAAGACAGCGGCUGUGGCGAGGAGCAGCAUCACCAAGGGCAGCAGCAUCACCCAGGACAGUGGCGUCACCAAGAGCAGCAAGAAGAAGAGCACUUGCGCCCGCCGCUGUGCUUCAGCAUGGCUGCUGUGAUUGUGGAUGAUAUCAUCAUCUGCAGGGAGCCAGGUGUGACGCGGUCACCGUCGGGGAUGCCGCCAGACAGGGUUCAGCACGCCAGCCACACCAAUGACAUGUUCACACAAGCCCUCGGGGGCGGCAAUACCUUCGCCUGCAACGGCAUGGCCAUCAUGUGCGACCACCUACAGCUCCCGCAAACCGCGGCCAUGGUGGCGCGUGUUGGCCGCGACAUAUUGACCGACGUGGACUUUCUCAACCGUAUGCGCGAGCUGCACAUCGAUACAGCUGGCGUCACCAUCCUCGAUAUACCGAAUCCUCGAGGCCGUCUCGUGUCGUACAUGGAUGGGACACGCAACUUUGCCAUGAUGGACACUGCAACCUAUCGUGACCGCUUUCGGCCAACAGUCGCAGAUGUUCCCGACCACUAUAUUGGUGCGAGUGGCGUACAUCUGCUGGCGGCGCCCCAGCGAGCAGCAGACAUUGUCACAAACCUUAGACGUCGCGGCUUUCGUGGACUCGCAUUGCUUGAGCCAUCACCGCGGGUGAGCGCAGGUGAUCUGCCUGCCAUGCGUGCUCUCUCGCCCUCCUUCCACGUGUACUCCCCCAACGUGCACGAAGCACGGCGCCUCCUGUCCGCCCCACCCGAUAUGCCCGCAGUCGCCGUCACACGGCAGCUGCUGGGCGAGCUCGCGUGCCCUGUUGUUGUCGUGCGCUGUGGUGAGGACGGGUGCAUUGUUGCUGCACGCACGUGGGCAGCCUCCAUCCCGACAGUCGAUACAGCACGCUUCGUCAACGACACGGGGUGCGGCAACACGUUCUGUGGCACGUUCCUCGCUGCGCUGUGCCAGCCGUGCUGUGACAGUCGUGAUGGUGCUGGUGAUGACGACGACGAUGACAAUGCUCUAGAUGAUGGUGCUGUACUUGGUCAGCGCAAUGGUGAUGAUGGUGGUGUUGAAGGCGCCGCAAGACAGCAGCAGCAACGACAAGCAGGAGGACAGGGUGUGGGCAGCGGUGAUGUUGAGCCCGAGCAGGUUGCGUCGUGGGUGCAUGGGGUCCUGCAUGAUCGAGACAGGUUGCUGUUUGCGGCGCUACACGGCACUGUAGCCGCCAGCUUCACGCUUGAGUCGGAAGGUCUGCCUGGGACCGUCGAUCGUGACGAACACACGGCUCGCUUCACACGCCUCUCCACACGCGUUACCCCUCUCUAGCAAGGCCAGCAGUCAUCAUCUGCCUGUCAACAUAGAGCCAGAAUAAACAAAGCCAGCCAG